CUCGUCAUCCAGCUGCUGAAAGCCGGAACCAGCCAGUGAGUGUGACAAGUGGGGUCGGCAAGGAGCCGCCAGUACCAGGCCGCACAGCCCAGCAGCGUCCUCUUCGGGGUGGGAUGUGUAGACACAGGGCCUAGCGUCCUCCGCUGCCUGCUCCUGUGUUCAGCUAUGGGCUGUUUAGCGGAGAAGCCCCGGUUCCGGGGGGUCAUGUGGAGACAGCUGUUUGUUUACCUGGCCUUCCUGGGAGCAGGACAUGCUGCCAUGACCAAGGAGGAGAAGUCACAGCUCAGGGUACAAGUGCUAGAAAUGUUUGAUCAUGCGUAUGGCAAUUACAUGCAACAUGCAUAUCCUGCUGAUGAACUUAUGCCUUUGACCUGUCGUGGUAGAAUACGUGGCCAGGAGCCAAGCAGAGGAGAUGUAGACGAUGCUUUGGGGAAAUUUUCUUUAACACUAAUUGAUACACUGGAUACAUUGGUGGUGCUGAACAGAACUCAGGAAUUUGAAGAUGCUGUUAGAAAAGUAAUAAAUGAUGUCAACUUGGACAAUGACAUUGUGGUUUCUGUGUUUGAGACAAACAUUCGAGUUUUGGGGGGACUGCUUGGGGGACACUCAGUUGCUAUCAUGCUAAAAGAAAAUGGCGAACGGAUGUUAUGGUACAAUGACGAGCUGUUACAUAUGGCUAAAGAGCUUGGCUACAAACUUCUUCCAGCUUUCAACACUACAAGUGGCCUUCCUUAUCCCAGAGUCAAUCUGAAGUUUGGAGUCAGAAGGCCUGAGGCUCGUACAGGUACGGAGACUGACACAUGUACAGCCUGUGCUGGGACCCUCAUCCUAGAGUUUGCUGCACUCAGCCGUUUUACUGGAAUAUCCAUAUUUGAGGAACAUGCACGAAAGGCCCUAGAUUUUAUCUGGGAGAAGAGGCAGCGCAGUAGUAACUUGGUGGGUGUAACAAUCAAUAUUCACACAGGAGACUGGGUGCGGAAAGACAGUGGUGUUGGUGCAGGAAUAGAUUCUUACUACGAAUAUUUGCUGAAGGCCUACGUGCUACUUGGUGAUGACAGUUAUUUGGAAAGAUUUAAUACACAUUAUGAUGCCAUUAUGCGGUAUAUAAGUCAGCCACCACUUCUACUUGAUGUUCACAUACAUAAACCGAUGCUUACAGCUCGAACAUGGAUGGAUUCCCUACUUGCAUUUUUCCCUGGUCUUCAGGUCUUGAAAGGAGACAUAAGGCCUGCUAUAGAAACCCAUGAAAUGUUAUAUCAAGUCCUAAAAAAGCAUAAUUUCCUACCAGAGGCCUUCACAACGGAUUUCAGAGUACACUGGGCCCAGCAUCCAUUAAGACCAGAGUUUGCAGAGAGCACCUACUUCUUGUAUAAGGCAACUGGUGAUCCCUAUUACCUAGAAGUGGGAAAAACAAUCAUUGAAAAUUUGAACAAAUAUGCACGUGUCCCAUGUGGAUUUGCAGCUGUUAAAGAUGUGCGAACUGGAAGUCAUGAAGACAGGAUGGACUCCUUUUUCCUGGCAGAGAUGUUUAAAUACUUGUACUUGCUAUUUUCUGAGAGGGAAGACCUUAUCUUUGAUAUUGAGGAUUACAUUUUUACUACAGAAGCUCAUCUUUUACCACUUUGGUUAUCAACAGCAAAUCACACACAAGUGCGGAAAUACAAGACUACCCAGUACACAGAGCUUGAUGACAGCAACUUUGAUUGGUCCUGUCCAAAUACACAAAUUCUCUUCCGCAAUGACCCCUUGUAUGCUCAGAGUAUCAGGGAACCCUUUAAAAAUGUGGUUGAUAAGAAUUGUCCUCGUAGUACUUCAAGAAUAGAUGAGCUCUCUAGCAAUGGAAACCGACCACCAUUACGUGCUAGGGAUUUUAUGGCAAGUAAUCAAGAACAUUUGGAUAUCCUAAAAAAGAUGGGUGUGAGCCUGAUUCAUCUAAAAGAUGGAAGAGUUCAGCUUGUCCAACAUGCCAAUCAAGCUGCAAGCUCUAUAGAUGCAGAAGAUGGUUUACGUUUUAUGCAAGAGAUGAUUGAACUUUCCAGCCAGCAACAGAAGGAACAGCAGCUUCCUCCACGGGCAGUACAGAUAGUGUCUCAUCCUUUUUACGGGAGAGUGGUAUUGACUGCAGGGCCGGCGCAGUUUGGAAUGGAUCUAUCAAAGAAUGUUGCAGGGUGUCGUGGAUUUGUAGCCAAAACUGAGCCUUAUAGUGGCUGCUCAGAGAUUACUAAUUCUGGAGUAAUUAAAGGGAGAAUUGCACUGAUGCAACGGGGCCAGUGCAUGUUUGCUGAGAAGGCUAGGAAUGUGCAGAAGGCUGGUGCAAUUGGAGGUAUUGUUAUAGAUGACAAUGAAGUCAGCAGCAGUGAUACAGCUCCACUUUUCCAAAUGGCAGGCGAUGGGAAAAACACAGAUGACGUAGUUAUCCCCAUGUUGUUUUUAUUCAGCAAGGAAGGAAAUAUAAUACUUGAUGCCAUUCGUGAAUACCAAGAAGUGGAGGUUCUUCUCUCUGACAAAGCCAAAGACAGAGAUUUGGAAGGUGAAAGUGGAGAGCAGAGAUCUUUAGAAAAUGACUCGCAAAAACAGAUUCCGAAAGAACAAGCGAUACCUCAGGAGGAGUUGGUGAACACAAAGGACUCUGAAGGUGAUUUCUCACCAGCGUCUCAAUUUCAUACUCUCCAUUCCUCGGAUAGAGACCAUUCUCAUAAUCCUAAAGAUGGAGACUUCUCACUGGAAGUUGAGCAGUCCCACAUUGAAGAUAGCCUGAAUUCUGUAGAGAAGUCACAGACUCCAGCAGAAUCAAAGAAUAAGAGGUGGGACAGUAAAGGUCGGCCAAUAGAGUCUAUAUUGGCAGAUUGGAAAGAAGAUAUUGAGGCAUUUGAAAUGAUGGAAAAGGAUGAACUAUGACCAAAAAUAUUUCUCAGAACUCCUAUGUACAUUAUGGAAAGUUUAUUACUUGCCUUCCCUAAGGGAAAGAGCUCAUUGUUAACAAGUAAUGUGAAGGAGGAUACUUGGCAUUGUCUUUAUGUAGAUUUUUCAGUGGAUGCACCGUUUCCAAAGCAUGUCCAUUUCAAAUGUUGUGAUGGAUCCUGUGACUCUUCAGCUCAAAAACAAUUAUAACCGUAAAGAUGAGAUUUUAUAUUUUUUAUGAUGAUCUACAAAGGGCUUUGUUUCAGUAAGAAAGCAAUUGCCUGUACUGAUUAAGAACAAUCUAAAUUCCCUUCACUACAAUUAAAAAAUAUGGGGUAGGUUCUGUGGUUAGACUUAUUUAUUGACAAUUUUUGUGUAAGAAUUUCACAGCCACUUUAAAGCUCUCUUCAGGUUUUAUUAUUAGAUAUGGACAUGCAUAUUUAGUACUCAGUGGUUUUAGUCUUGGCUAUUACUCAGUAAGCAGUCUUUGGACAACCAUGCAAUAACAUAAGUAGCUGUAAUAGAUGUAGAAAAUAUAGGGACCAGUAUUUUUCAGAAUCUCCUUUUAGUAGGUCAUCCAUGUAUCAUCUGUAGUACAUUAGCCAUGGGUCACCUGGUAAUUAAAAUCCAUGUUCUUUA